AGGUGUCCGCACCGCAUGCGGGGGAUGACUGCCCCACUUGGGGGUCACCGCCUCGGGCUGCCCCGGCUCCGUCCGGCUGUGCUGCCCGAGGCGGGGCCGGGCCCGGCCGGUGGCCGCGGAGGGGCGGUUCCGCAAGGCCCCGUUAAAGCGGCGGCGGCCGGAGGCGGCGGCCGGAGGCGGUGGCGAUGGGCAGCGAGGGACAGCGGGGCCCGGCGGCGGCCCGGGGCCCGGGGCAGGGCGACCCGCAGACCCUGCGGAGGGACUGCCAGCACCGUGUACAAGUCCCCUGACUACGAGGAGCUGGCCUUCACCCUGUUGCUGGAGCACCUUGUUGCCAUCGGGUACCCUCCUGAGAUCCUUGCCUACAAAUAUGACCCCACCUUCCCCACCCGGGGGCUGGUGUUUGAUGCCCUGUACGGGAACCUGCUGAAGGUGGAUUCCCAUGGGAACCUGCUGGUCUGUGCCCAUGGCUUCCGCUUCCUCAAGGGAGCCGAAAUCCUCCACUAUUACCCCAACAAGUUCAUCCAGAGGGAUGACAUGAAGCGCUUCCACAUCCUCAACACCCUCUUCAACCUCACAGAGGCCCACCUCUAUGCCUGUCUUGUGGACUUUUUCACCAACUGCUCCAGAUAUGUCAACUGUGACACCGGCUACAAGCAUGGGAACCUCUUCAUGUCCUUCCGCAGCAUGUUCCAGGAUGUGCGCGAGGCCAUGGACCAUGUCCACCUCUCUGGCUGCCUCAAGGAGAAGACGCUAGAGAACCUGGAGAAAUAUGUGGUGAAGGAUCCCCGUGUGCCACUGCUGCUGAGCCGCAUGAAGGAGGUGGGGAAGAUCUUCCUGGCCACCAACAGUGACUACACCUACACUGAUGCCAUCAUGUCCUACCUGUUUGACUUCAGCAAUGAGGACAAGGCUGACGUCCCACAGCGCCCCUGGAGGUCCUAUUUCGAUCUGAUUGUGGUGGACACCCGCAAGCCCCUCUUCUUUGCUGAGGGCACUGUCCUGCGCCAAGUCGACACGGACACAGGGAAGCUGCGCAUUGGCACGUACACUGGCCCCCUGCAGCACUGUGCUGUCUACUCUGGUGGCUCCUCAGAUAUGGUGUGUGACCUCCUGGGUGUGAAGGGCAAAGACAUCCUCUACAUGGGGGACCACAUCUUUGGGGACAUCCUCAAAUCUAAGAAGAGGCAGGGCUGGCGCACCUUUCUGGUGGUGCCUGAGCUGGCCCGUGAACUGCAGGUCUGGACGGAGAAGAGUGAGCUGUUUGAGGAGCUGCGGAGCCUGGAUCUCUUCCUGGCCGAGCUGUACCAGCACUUGGACAGUGGCAGUAGUGAGCGCCCAGACAUCAGCUCUAUCAAGCGUCGGAUCCAGAAAGUCACGCAUGAGAUGGACAUGUGCUAUGGGAAGAUGGGCAGCCUCUUCCGCUGUGGCUCACGUCAGACACUCUUUGCCAACCAGCUGAUGCGCUACGCAGACCUCUACGCUGCCUCCUUCAUCAACUUCCUCUAUUACCCCUUCAGCUACCUCUUCCGGGCACCCCCUGUCCUGAUGGCCCAUGAGUCAACAGUGGAGCACUCUCGCCCGGACUCGGGGGACGCGGUCACUGCCCUUCCUCCCGGGCUGGCCCAGCAUGGUGACCCUGGCCAGCAGGUCCCUCAGGACUCGAGUGGGGAGGAGGAAGAUGAUGGAGAAGCCUGAGCACACCCCCCCCUCCAACUGCUGCCAUGCCCGGGGCCAGGACUACAGGAGGGCAUUCAGUGGCCCUGGACCUCUGGCACUGCCAGAUGGAAGCCACACAUGGCCAGCUACCACCUCUGGUGGCCACAGGAUGGCUGGUAGCCCUGACUCAUGGCCCCUGUCACACCUGUCCCUGGGCAGUUGGAACCUUCUCCUGACUAUGCCCAGAGUCAGGAGAGCGCCCUGCCCCACAGCCUGCUAGCUUCUGACUCUUUAAUUCAUAUCUGCCUGGUGCCCCUUUAACUCAUAUCUCUCCCACCAGCUCAAUGCUCGCCUAGGGCCAUCCACCACCAGGGUGCACAGGCAGUGCCACUGCUGCAGUGUUACUGUAAACCCCACCGCAGCAGUUGGGGACCCAGCAGCUCCUGCUCCUUUAGCCUCUGGGCCUGCCCUAAGCACUGCAAUGCUGGGUGGAGGGGGUGGGGCUGUGAAGGUGACAGCUGUUCCAGUGGAACCCCCUUCACCUGCUGUCCCACUCUUCUUUUUCCUACCUUUUCUAUUUAUAAAAGAUACUCAAAAAACUCCUGGCACUGCAGAGAUAUAAAAUUGGCUGUUUUAAAGGAAAA